CGGAAAGCAUAAAGCUCUUCAACUUGUUCAGUACUAAUUAGUUAUGGGUCGUUAAUGUGAUUUUAUUAUUUAACUAAUUUGUUGGACUGUUCAAGUGUGGAUUAGCGACGGGGAUCGUUUGUUUCUUGUCUGCCAGUUUAAAUUGGUUUUCGCGAGCGAAUAAAGGAGACAAAAAAACUGCAUUAGCUUGAAACUACUGGAGCUGACGUAAGUGGCUUUAAAAUGAUUAAUUUCGUUUUGAAAGCCUGUGAUAACACACGACUGACGUCAUUAUGGAGUUAAUAGUGUUUGAUAUUUGUGCUAGGAUACGUACGUUUAGACAAACUAUCGCCGUUUGGAUUCAAAAUGUCGUCCACCGGCGGCCCGGGAGAUGUUCUCCAGCAGGUCAACCAGUUGUGGUCCAUGUUGGACGACCUUUGCCAAAGCGACCCAGAAGCUUACCGCAGCUUCUUGGAGAAACAGGUGAAAUCCGGAAUGGAGUACAACGCGCCGCCUCAGAUCGACUCGUGUAUACGCAUCGACAUAUUGGAACCACCGGGAGGCUCACUUUACAUUAACAUAUGCAGCUGGAAGCGUGUACCAGCAUCCCAAGAUCCCAGCAAGCCAUUACCUGUGUAUGCUGGAAGCCUGGAAGCACACACAGAUGAAGGUGCUUACACGGUGCUGGACAUAGCGUUUAACCCCGAGGUUCUGCAGGACUGUAAGAAAGACAAGGCAGAGAUGGACCAAGUCUACAUGCUGGCUCGGAGCUUCGCCCAGCAGCAGCACGGGCUCAAGUUGUCUCAGCAGUAUAAUGUAGUUAGCUUUUGCCCCAAAAAUGGCCCGGAGGACUUGCGUCGCCGCCUCGGCUUCCAGCAGCAGCAGCGACUGACUGCAGACAAACUGUCAGAUGCAGACAGGCAGAGCCCAGACUCCUUCCUGCAACAGAUCAACUCUCUGCGGCUGGCCAAAGACGACAUGGGCCCGCCAGCUGAUAUUGUCCAUCGACCAGCCGUGCGCAAGAAGGGCUUGAUCGAGGUAAUAUCCUCCACCACGUUUGAGCAGCCUGAAAAGCCAGAAUACCGACUAGAGUUGAAGGCCCACGCCGAGGGAUUUCCCUGCAAGCUGGAGCUGACUGUGGAGUUGCCGAAGAUAAGCUCCAUGUCGGAGUGGCAACUCAAGAUGUCCAAGGAUGACGUCUUGUUAGAGGUGGAGGACAUCUACUACAUGCUUCUGGACUUGCCCAAGUCUGUCAAUGAAAACAGUGCAGUUGCCAUCUUUAAUAAGCGGAGUCGAAGGCUCAGGGUAACGGUGGAUAUUUUAUGACACGUCCGGCCUGGGAAAGAUUACCUUGAAAGUCCAAAUAAAAUACUGAAAAUGUACAAAGGUAACUUCUCAGAUGGACAAUGAAGUAAUAGUAGUAUCCUGCCAGGCAUUCGGUAGUUUAAGAGUUGGUAAAGGAGACACGGACGGACUGAGAGAGACAGGUGUGACACCUCUGCGUUCAUGUCAAAAUCAAAAGGAAGCUAGUGUUGUAUUAAGUUUUAUUGGAUGCACAUAUUAGUGCGAGCUUAUGAUAAGCGGCGCAACUUGAUUGUGGAGUUGCUGACACAACGGCAAUGGGAAGUAUUUGUGUUUGGUGACCUUCUCAUGCCCCUUUACAGAUAGAGCCGGAUUUACUAAAGGUUACGAUAAUGGUUGCAAACCUGAUUGCUCAUGCAAACAGAUGAGGAAGCUGAUUUACUCACCAGGGGCCUCAUGUACAAAGACUUGCGUGGAUUUCCUCCUAAAACAUGCCGUACGCUCGAAUCCAGAAAACGUCGUACGCACAAAAAUAUUCAGACGUAUGAAACUCUGCGUACUCAUGAAUCCAAGCACAUUUCCUUCGUACAUUCCAAUCAACGUGGAAAUGAGCGCACAUGUUGGAGUGGCCGACUCCUCCCUGUCCACGCCCAUAUUUGAAUAUGCAAAUCAUAUUUAAAUGAACCCUGCAUCUGAGAUGCAUGCAUGAUCAGAAAAAAAGGAAAAUGAGCAAGGUAAUGAAGAAAUAUAUAUUUUUCUGAAUGUGAAGUUGUUCAGUGAAGUGGAGGCGCGCAAGAAAAUCCUCUCUGGCACGCUGUCCUACGGCGUUAACAAAACACGAAAGAGGAGCGAAUGGGACAGACAGCGCGUGUGCGGCUGUCAAUGCUGCGGAGACAGAAUAGCGCGCACACGCUGAACUAAAAAAAGAAGUGGUCAGACAUUAAGAUGGACGUGAAGCGUAGGACAGCUGCCCUCCGCCAAAGUGUGGCCAAAAAAAAGGCGGAAGAACCGGCGCGGAGGGCCUCACCCCGUUCGAGGAGAGAAUCGCUGCGAUCACGGGUGACGCUGCUCCCCCAUGGGUGAUGGGAGCACACGUGGCUGACAAUGAUCACCCCACAAGGUUAAUACCAUGUAUUUUCUUGAACUCGUAACAAAUGUGUUCAUACAGUAACCUACACUCAGCCCAGUGAGAUAAAGGUUCAUGCGUAAAUGUCCUACGUGUGGCAUGUGCAAUAAAUCUUUUGAAUUCAAAUAGAAGCAUAUCAAAGACGAUAUCAAAAACUUUUCCUUUUCGAUUACUCAAUUUAUUAUUUUAAUACACAGGAGAGGACACGCACGCUGAAAAAAAAAUCAUGUUUUUUUUUAUGAGAAGAGGACUCAAUUAUGUCAAUUUAAACACAUUUUAAUCAUGUGCAACCGAUGUACAUAUUCAAAUGAAGUAAAUUCAAAGGACAUUUUUUCAGUGCAUGUGCUGGAGUCACGACGCGAUUGUGAGGGCAGUAGGCGGCAUAAAUGAUCGCCUUAAUCAAUUAGUUGGUGUCCUCACAAAUAUCAGUGGUUCAUUAAAUACACCGGUUAACAAAUGAAUUCUGAGUCCUUGCCUCAAUGGCAUUGUUGAAAUCAAAUGUUGCCGGGCAUGAAUUGUUUAUCAGUGCUAAUUAUUCGCGUGUGUCUGGUGUGCAGAUUUAUGAGAACAGUUUCCCAUCAUCACCUCUACGUGUCGCCAAAGCACCAAAAGCUGCAGAAACGUGCGCACGCCAGCCAUGCAGUUGGCGUGAGGCACCGCACAUUUCCACGGUCAUGUCACUCUUGAUGCAUUUGACCUUUGCCGUGAAAAAGAACGGACGCCACGUUUUUGUGCGUAAGCACGUUUUGUACAUAAGGCCCCAGGUGCCAAAGGGGCAAAAUUACCACGCCGUUCCUUUUUCUGGAAAGUGUGUAUGCAAAGACAUACAUUUAGUGCACACAAUGUGAUUUAUAAAAUUUGAGCGGUUUUUCAGCGGGGCUGUCCCAAGUUUUAAAUGCAGUGUUACGCAGAUGCAUCCAAUUGCUCCACAGUCGAGCUAAGUUAAACAAAAUAUGUUCCAAAAUUAUUAGACCAAUAGACUUCUUAUUUGUAUGGUCUAUCAUGCCCUUUCUGGAUGGGAUAGGUUUAAGCUUCAAAUAAUAAUACAAAAAGUGCUCUGUUUUAUUUUGGUUUUGAGCUUCAGAGAGGGCAGAGAAAGGUCACCACAUUCACACACGCACAGGAAUAAAACUUGUAUGUUGCAAGACCCCCCAAAAACAUGUAUUUGUAUUGUUUUUGUGUGUGUGUUUUUUUAACCAGUUU